AUGAAGGACGUAAACACAAUAAGGUUGCAUGAGUUGCUUAAGCUCUAUAUCACCAAGGUGGUCCCUGAAGAGGUAGGGUUUCUUGCAUUGUGUUUUUCAGCGGCCACGGCCGAGGCCGUGGCUCCGGUCCCGGUCCCCGUCCUAGUCCCCACCCAUCGAUUCAAUAACCGUGCCGCCAAUCGAGCCACUCCUUACAGCGUUCCUAAGGCGCCUGACUCAGUGUGGACGCACGACAUGUUUUCUUCGGAUCAGGCUAUGGCCUAUGCCGGCCAACUCGGCGUCGGUGGGGGCGGCGGCAGCCGAGCGUCUGCGAUUGAGACUGGAACCAAGCUGUAUAUUUCCAAUCUAGAUUACGGUGUCUCUAAUGAGGAUAUCAAGGAACUGUUUUCAGAGGUUGGUGACUUGAAAAGAUCUACAAUACAUUAUGACAGGAGUGGUAGAUCAAAGGGAACAGCAGAAAUAGUCUUCUCUCAUCGGCAAGAUGCAGCAGCAGCUGUCAAGAGAUGCAAUGGUGUUCAGCUUGAUGGUAAACCAAUGAAAAUAGAGAUCGUUGGAACAAAUAUUGUGACUGCUGCUGCUGGACCUCAAUUUCCAGGUAGUGCUUUUGGUGACUCAAAUGGAAUCCCUAGAAGUGGACAAGGCAGGGGUGGCUCCUUUGGAAGGCCACGAGGUGCAGGGGGACGUGGUCGUGGAUUUGGGAGAGGUCGUGGACGAGGAAGAGGUCGUGGUGAGAAGAUGUCUGCAGAAGCUCUUGAUGCUGAUUUAGAGAAUUAUCAUAAAGAAUCAAUGGAAGACAAUUAAGCAAAGGGAUGUCUUCUAAUUCCUUUUUGCCAUAAACCUAUUGUGGCCUUUGUGUACUAGUAGCCUUUUUUCUAGAGUGACAAGAAAGUAACUUGUAGGGAGAUAGAACCCUUGGUUUGGGAGCUUGGCUUUAUAAUUGUUCGUCCUCUCAUUUGGAUAUGUUACUUGGGAUGGAGAUAUAUGUGUUGCGAACCUUUUGUUUUUACAUACUCAAACUGGUUACAUAUUCAAGUAGUGAA